AGCGAUCGCGAGAAAAAAAAAAUGCAACCUCCCAAAAUAAAGAGCAAAGAUUGCAUUAGGAGCGAACAGCGCUGCAGAAAUAGAUGGCAGCUUCGUAUCAUUGACUGAAACAAAACAAAACAAAAGGGCCACUGGAUGUCUGCCUUCUUGGGGGGUGAGCCAGACAGACUGACAAACAAACAGACCCAACUGUGUUCGGGGGAGGGUUUCUCCUCCCGUUUUGCCCGGCAGCAGCAACAUGGACGUGUUGGCUAGUUAUAGUAUAUUCCAGGAGCUACAACUUGUCCACGACACCGGCUACUUCUCAGCUUUGCCAUCCCUGGAGGAGACCUGGCAGCAGACAUGCCUUGAAUUGGAACGCUACCUGCAGACGGAACCCAGGAGGAUCUCAGAGACCUUCGGUGAGGACUUGGACUGUUUCCUCCGUGCUUCUCCUCCCCCAUGCAUCGAGGAGAGCUUCCGGCGCUUAGACCCCCUGCUGCUCCCCGUGGAAGCGACCAUCUGCGAGAAGAGCUCGGCUGUGGACAUUCUGCUCUCUCGGGACAAGUUGCUAUCUGAGACCUGCCUCAGCCUCCAGCCAACCAGCUCUUCUCUAGACAGCUACACAGCCGUCAACCAGGCCCAGCUCAACGCAGUGACCUCAUUAACGCCCCCAUCGUCCCCUGAGCUCAGCCGCCAUCUGGUGAAAACCUCACAGACUCUCUCAGCCGUGGACGGCACAGUGACGUUGAAACUGGUGGCCAAGAAGGCUGCGCUCGGCUCAGUCAAGGUGGGAGGGGUGGCAACAGCGGCGGCAGCCGUGGCGGCAGCUGGGACAGUUAAGAGUGGACACAGCGACAGUGAGCAAGGAGGGGUAGGGGCUGAGGCGUGCCCCGAAAACAAGAAGAGGGUUCAUCGCUGUCAGUUUAACGGGUGCCGGAAAGUUUAUACAAAAAGCUCCCACUUAAAGGCCCACCAGAGGACUCACACAGGUGAGAAGCCUUAUAAGUGCUCAUGGGAAGGGUGUGAGUGGCGUUUUGCACGAAGCGAUGAGCUCACAAGGCACUACAGGAAACACACAGGUGCAAAGCCCUUUAAAUGCAACCACUGCGACAGGUGUUUUUCCAGGUCUGACCAUCUUGCCCUCCAUAUGAAGAGACAUAUCUAAAAAACCUGAAGGCCAGAGUUGCCAUGGCGUCGGCCGGCCGUUGUCUGAAGGAAAUGCCAUGAGGCAGGGGGCUGGACUUCAGGCGGGGACCCAUUGCCUCGCAGAAGAAAGUUCUCACUUAUUAAACCUCUGUGUACACACACACAGACACACACACACACACACACGCACUCACAC